UAAAAAUAAAACGAAGGACAAACAGAACUGAAGUAGAGCAUUAUUUAGUAAAGUGACAACGGCUUCAGAGAAAGCAAGAAGAGAAAUUCCAAUCACAAGUGUUGCUAUUGGUCAAGAACAUACAAUGGCGGUCAAGAACAUACAAUGGCUUCAGAGAAAGCAAGAAGAGAAAUUCCUAUCGCAAGUGUAGCUAUUGGUCCUCAUGACCAUAAGGAACAAGGCCAAGAUGGAUUUGGCCUAAAAGGGAAAUCUCAUUAUCAGAUACAUUCUCAACCUGCAGCUAAAGUUGGUGGGCUUGAGUUUUCUAGUGUUGGGGGAAUGCAGCAAACUGAGCAAAAUGAGAAAGAUAGGGACACACAAAGGGACAAACAUGGAGAGGGGCUAGGAGGUGUAAAAUUUGAAUCACAUGGCCAAGAACAAAAAGGUCCAGAGAUGAACAAAAACAGCCAAAUGCAGAAGCAAGAAGGUAUAGAAGGAAGAGUUCAUGGCGGAAUUCAUCCUCAAGAAACUGGUGAAGAGCAGAAAAAAGCUCCAUCUUCAGAGGAAACUGCACAGCUGAGAAAAACUGCCCAACAGAAAUCAAACGAAACCUUGGGAGUUGCUGAAGGACGCUACGAUAAGGCCAAGGAAUUAGGGGCGUCUGCAUUGCACAAUGCAAAAGAAUCGGCUAGUCAUGGUCUUGGUGCUGCAGGCUGUUAUGCAACAGCAAAAGGUGCACAAGCCAAAGAUUAUGUUGCUGAUAAGGCUGGAGUUGCCAAGGAUACUGCCCUUCGCAAAGGUGCACAAGCCAAAGAUACUGUCAGUGAUGGUGUUAGAAGUGGAUCUCAGUAUGUUGCUGAUAAGGCUGUAGCUGCCAAGGACACUGCCCUUGAGAAAGGUGCACAAGCCAAAUAUACUGUCACUUCUGGCGCUCAAAUUGGAGCCGAGUAUGCUGCGGACAAGGCUAGAGUUGCAAAGGACACUGCUCUCGAAAAAGGCCAGCAAGCUUAUGGUGCAACUAAAGACACCCUCUCAACUGCAGGACAAACUGCUGCUGAGAAGAGCAGGAAUGCAGUAGGCUAUGUUGGGCAGAAAGGCGUCGAAGCAAAAGACACCACGAUUGAAACGGGGAAAAACGCGGCAGGGUAUGCAGGGGAAGCAGCUAAAACCGCGAAGGAUAUGGCGGAAGUGGGAGCUUUAGGAGCUGUACAUUAUACGGCGAAAGCAGCAGCGGGGGCCACGAAAGCCACGGCUGGUGCUCUUUCUAGUGCAGCAGGGUAUGCCGGGGAGAAGGCAGUCGCGGCGAAGGAUACGGUUGCUGAUGCUGGAAAGAGCGCGGCGGGAUAUGCAGGUGACAAAUUGGUGGCUGCUAAAGAUUAUGUAGUUUCCGCUGAAGAAAGUGCAGCUGAUUAUGCAGGCAGAAGGAAAGCAGAAGCAGAGAGGCAAUUAGAAGGUAAUCCCGAGGGAAGAAGCGGAGGCGGAGUCAUUAGCAUAGAAAAGCAAGAACCAGAGGAGAGCAAGCAAGUGCAGGAGCAGGGAGGUGGAGGUGGUGUGCUGCAAGGAAUUGGUGAAGCUAUAGUUGGAAUAGGGAAAACUGCUACAGAUUUUGUUGCUGGUGGGAACCAAUCUCAAACUGGUUAUCAGGGGAGUGGAAAAGUGGAGUAGAAAAGGGAAGUCCACAAUGAAAUGGUUGAAGUAGGCGUUUUUGGCACCUUUUUGAAGGUUGGUUGGUGGAAUUGUGUGGUGUAUAAUAUAUAGUAGUUAUGAAAAAGUCAUAAGUACAUGUGUGUGUAUUUUGUUGUUGCUAAAGUCAAGUGUGUAUUUUGUUGUUGAUAAAUCAAGCAUAUGUAUAUAUGUUGAAUCUACCUUUUUUAUUAGUGAAACUGUUGUGUAUGUA